AAAGUGCGUGCGCGGUGUGUCCACAAAAACAAAAGACGAAAGUAACUAAAAACCAUAUGCGCCCACAGUCAUUAUACCAAUCACAAAAUUCCAAACGCCAGAUCCAUUUUUUCAUACAAAACCCCAGUUCUAUCUCAAAGUCACACUAAUCUUUUACUCAAUCACAGCAAAUCCCAAAAAUCAUUCCUGAAGAAAAAUGGCUCAUCAUUCAGAAUCCGUCUUCUCCCAAAUCGCUAAAGCUCCUGAAGAUCCUAUCUUAGGGGUUACUGUUGCUUUCAACAAAGAUUCAGACCCUUCAAAGCUGAAUUUGGGUGUAGGUGCUUAUAGAACUGAGGAAGGAAAACCUUUGGUUCUGAAUGUCGUAAAACAGGCUGAACAAAAGCUUGUUAAUAACCCGUCUCGGAUUAAGGAGUAUCUUCCGAUUGUUGGACUUGCAGAUUUUAAUAAAGGUAGCGCCAAACUCAUUUUUGGUGCUGAUAGCCCUGCCAUUCAAGAAAACCGAGUCACCACUGUCCAAUGCUUAUCUGGCACUGGCUCACUGAGAGUUGGUGGAGAGUUUUUAGCAAGACAUUACCAUGAAAAAACCAUAUACAUUCCAAAUCCAACAUGGGGAAACCAUCCAAAAAUCUUCACAUUCGCAGGAUUAUCAGUGAAGACUUAUCGCUACUAUGAUCCUACUACACGUGGCCUUGACUUCAAAGGCCUUCUAGAAGAUCUGGGUAACGCUCCAUCAGGAGCAAUAGUACUUCUUCAUGCAUGUGCUCACAACCCGACAGGUGUCGAUCCCACCAUUCAACAAUGGGAGGAGAUCAGACAAUUAAUCAGAUCAAAAGCAUUAUUACCUUUUUUCGACAGUGCAUAUCAGGGUUUUGCUAGUGGCAGCCUCGAUGCAGAUGCAAAACCUGUUCGCUUGUUUGUUGCCGAUGGCGGUGAAUGCUUUACCGCUCAAAGUUUUGCCAAAAAUAUGGGACUUUAUGCCGAACGUGUCGGUGCCCUUAGCAUUGUUUGCAAAACAUCAGAUGUUGCGAGCAAGGUGGAGAGUCAGCUAAAACUAGUUAUCCGGCCAAUGUAUUCCAGCCCACCUCUUCAUGGAGCAUCUAUUGUCUCGACUAUACUCAACGACAGUGAUUUGUACAAUGAGUGGACGAUUGAGCUCAAAGCAAUGGCUGAUAGAAUUAUCAGCAUGCGCACACAGUUAUUGGAAGCCCUAAAAGCAAAAGGAACACCUGGUGACUGGACUCAUAUCAUAAAGCAAAUUGGAAUGUUCACGUUCACUGGACUGAAUGCAGAACAAGUCGCUUUCAUGACUAAAGAAUAUCAUAUCUAUAUGACUUCUGAUGGGAGAAUCAGCAUGGCUGGUUUGAGUUCAAAGACAAUCCCUCAUCUUGCAGAUGCUAUGCACGCUGCUGUUACAACAAUGGCAUAA